UUGGAUGAUCUAAAAGAAUAUCUCAACAUGUUGAGUCUGCUGAACGCAGCCAAUGAAAAACGCUAUGAGUGUCACCGGAGAACUGAGGCGCGAAAGCAGUAACGGUUUGAAGAGAAAAAGAGAUAUCCUUUCAAGCCCGAUCUCCCAUCGAGUGGCAAUUGUUUCCUUCAUUUGCAGAACAUAUUUCGUAGUGCAUACACGUGUAUUUGGUACAAAAUUUGCUAAUAAGAUUAGUACUUUACUAAUAAGAUUAAUAAAUUCAAUUACACUAAUGCAAAAUGAACUAUCGUGAUUGCAUUAUUUGUGAAUUUACAAACAAAGGUGAAAGUUUGGCAGUAGGAUUCCGGGCUUGGUUAUGUGAAAAAUUUAACGAUGAAGAUAUUGAAGAAAUCAUUAAAAGUGGACAAACAGUCACCAUAAAAUGGCCUUCAAAUGUAGAAGUCGUACCUGCAUCAAAAAUGCAGAAAAAAAUUAAAGAAUUGUAUAUGGCAACGAUCAGUUGCCAAAAUUUUAGCACAUGGCGAUUGGGCUAGUAUGUGUAAUAUUCAUGAAAACUGUAUUAAAUAUGGCAUCCCUAAUCCUUCUAAAGAAGAACGGAAACUAAUAAAAAAGAAAGUUACUGAUGAUUCCAGUGAUGAAGAAGAUAUUGUAAAAAAUAAAGCAAGUACUUCAAAAGAUGCAAACAAAGAAAGCAUUACGUACAACAGAGAAAAAGAAAUAUUGAAACGCUGCCAGGAAACGAAGAAAACAAAUACGAUUUUAGAUGAUUCAGGCGAAAAAUUAUCCGAAAGAGAUUUAUUAAAAGAGUUAUCUUUUUUGCGAGAGAAAAACAAAAAACUCGAAGAAGCUAGACAACAGAAGAUUGAGAGCGUUGAGAGCUGUUAAUGAAAACUUGUCCAACAUACAAGGUAUGAGCGUGUCAAAAAAGAUUUGCAAGAGAUGAAGGACAUGCUACACGAAAUGAA